AUGGACAUUAACCUAACGGACAUUAACCUAAUGGACAUUAACCUAACGGACAUUAACCUAAUGGACAUUAACCUAACGGACAUUAACUUAAUGGACAUUAACCUAAUGGACAUUAACCUAACGGACAUUAACCUAAUGGACAUUAACCUAAUGGACAUUAACCUAACGGACAUUAACCUAAUGGACAUUAACCUAAUGGACAUUAACCUAACGGACAUUAACCUAAUGGACAUUAACCUAACGGACAUUAACUUAAUGGACAUUAACCUAAUGGACAUUAACCUAACGGACAUUAACCUAAUGGACAUUAACCUAAUGGACAUUAGCCUACUGGACAUUAACCUAACGGACAUUAACCUAAUGGACAUUAACCUAACGGACAUUAACCUAACGCACAUUAACCUAAUGGACAUUAACCUAAUGGACAUUAACCUAACGGACAUUAACCUAAUGGACAUUAACCUAGUUAAUGAAUGGACAUUAACCUAA